GUCAGGACGUGGCGGUCUAUUUCUCCAUGGAGGAGUGGGAGUAUGUAGAAGGACACAAGGAUCAGUACAAGGAUCAGGUCAUGAUGGAGGAUCAGCAGCCCCUCACAUCACCAGGUAAUAGACAUGACUAUAUACACACGUCCUCUCAUUAUUUGUAUGUAAAGAAUGAAUUCAGUCUCUGUAUGUGUUCCCUACAGUCAGAUCCAGUAAGAGAACAGCACCAGAGAGGUGUCCCCGUCCUCUUCUUCCACAGGAUGAUCAGGUAGAUGGAGAUAUUCCCUAUGAUCUGUAGAAGGGCUGUGAAGCUCUUGUGGUCAGUCCCCUCACCCUCCAUGACUCCUCAUCUCCUGCUCAUCUAUAACAUCCCACGUGACUUCUACUGUCUGAUGACUUUCACAAUAUUUCUUUCACAUCUUAUUAAUCAGGGAGAAGAUCCGAACAAUAUUAAUGCUCCAAAGACAGAUGUGAGUGGUGAUGAGCAGUAUAUGGAGGACAUUCCUACAGGGAAAGAUAUGAUCUAUAUUAAUGCUGCAGACAUAAAGGAAGAAGAAGAGACAGAUGUGAGCGGUGAUGAGCAGUAUAAGGAGAACAUUCAUACAGGGAAAGAUAUGAUCUAUAUUAAUGCUGCAGACAUAAAGGAAGAAAAAGAGACAGAUGUUAGCGGUGAUGAGCAGUAUAAGGAGGACAUUCCUACAGGGAAAGAUAUGAUCUAUAUUAAUGCUACAGACAUAAAGGAAGAAGAAGAGACAGAUGUUAGCGGUGAUGAGCAGUAUAAGGAGGACAAUCAUACAGGGAAUGAUCUGAUCUGUAGUAAUACAACAGACUUAAGGAAAGAAGAAGAGACAGAUGUGAGCAGUGAUGAGCAGUAUAAGGAGGACAUUCCUACAGGUAAUCAACCAGAUUCUUGUACCAGGAGAUCAGAGGAGAAUCUUAUAUCUUCAGAUUAUAAAGCAGAUGAUGAUAUCACACAAGAUACAUAUGAAGAACAUUCCAUUAUCCCAGAUACACCCUCAGCCCUUCACAGCCAAGAUCUCUCAUCUCAUCCUUAUAUACAGGUCCUGUCUUCUCAGUCAUCACAGGAUGUUCAGCAAAAUAAAAGAGAUCAUACAGGAAAGAAACCAUAUUCAUGCUCAGAAGAUGGGAAAUGUUUUACUUUUAAAUCAGGUAUUGUUACACAUCAGAGAUAUCACACAGAAGAGAAGCCAUUUUCAUGUUCAGAAUGUGGAAAAUGUUUUGAUAAGAAAUCACAUCUUGUUCAACAUCACAGAACUCACACAGGAGAGAAGCCAUUUUUAUGUUCGGAAUGUGGGAAAUGUUUUACUCAGCAAUCACAUCUUGUUACGCAUCAGCGAUAUCACACAGGAGAGAAGCCAUUUUCAUGUUCAGAAUGUGGAAAAUGUUUUAUUAAUAAAUCAGAUCUUGUAGUACAUCACAGAACUCACACAAGAAAGAAGCCCUUUUCAUGUUCAGAAUGUGGAAAAUGUUUUACUACGAAAUCAAAUCUUGUUGGACAUCACAGAACUCACACAGGGGAGAAGCCAUUUUCAUGUUCAGAAUGUGGAAAAUGUUUUACUAAGAAAUCACAUCUUUUUGAACAUCACAGAACUCACACAGGGGAGAAGCCAUUUUCAUGUCCAGAAUGUGGGAAUUGUUUUGCUAAGAAAUCAGCUCUUGUUAGGCAUCAAAGAACUCACAAAGGCAAGAAGCCAUUUUUAUGUACAGAAUGUGGAAAAUGUUUUACUAAGAAAUCACAUCUUGUAGUACAUCACAGAACUCACACAAGAAAGAAGCCAUUUUCAUGUUCAGAAUGUGGAAAAUGUUUUACUAAGAAAUCAAAUCUUGUUGAACAUCACAUAACUCACACUGAGAAGCCAUUUUCAUGUCCAGAAUGUGGGAAAUGUUUUGCUAAAAAAUCAGAUCUUGGUAGACAUCAAAGAACUUGCAAAGACAAGAAGCCAUUUUCAUGUUCAGAAUGUGGAAAAUGUUUUAAUAAGAAAUCACAUCUUGUUGAACAUCACAGAACUCACACAGGGGAGAAGCCAUUUUUAUGUUCAGAAUGUGGGAAAUGUUUUACUCAGCAACCACAUCUUGUUAGGCAUCACAGAACUCACACAGGGGAGAAGCCAUUUUCAUGUCCAGAAUGUGGGAAAUGUUUUGCUAAGAAAUCAGAUCUUGUUAGGCAUCAAAGAACUCACAAAGGCAAGAAUCCAUUUUCAUCACAGAUUAUUAACCUCUUAACCAGGAGAUCAGAGGAGAAUGUUAUAUCUUCAGAUUAUAAAGCAGAUGAUGAUAUCACACAAGAUACAUAUGAAGAACAUUCCAUUAUCCCAGAUACACCCUCAGCCCUUCACAGCCAAGAUCUGUCAUCUCAUCCUUAUAUACAGGUCCUGUCUUCUCAGUCAUCACAGGAUGUUCAGCAAAAUAAAGGUCACAGAAGGGGUGUUGGACAUCAACGAGCUCAUACAGGAAAGAAACCAUAUUCAUGCUCAGAAUGUGGGAAAUGUUUUCCUUAUAAAUCACGUCUUGUUGUACAUCAAAGAAAUCACACAGGAGAGAAGCCAUUUUCAUGUUCAGUAUGUGGGAAAUGUUUUACUCAGAAAUCAGAACUUGUUGUACAUCAAAUAACUCACACAGGGGAUAAGCCAUAUUCAUGCUCAGAAUGUGGGAAAUGUUUUACCAAGAAAUUUAAUCUUAUUCAACAUCAAAUAACUCACACAGGAGAGAAGCCAUUUUCAUGCUCAGAAUGUGGGAAAUGUUUUACUUUUAAAUCAAGUCUUGUUGUACAUCAGAGAACUCACACAGGAGAGAAGCCAUUUACAUGUUCAGAAUGUGGGAAAUGUUUUACUCGGUCAUCACAUCUUAUUGAACAUCAAAGAACUCACACAGAAGAGAAGCCAUUUUCAUGUUCAGAAUGUGGGAAAUGUUUUACUCAGCAAUCAAGUCUUAUUCAACAUAAAAAAACUCACACAGAGGAGAAGCCUUUUUCAUGUUCUGAAUGUGGGAAAUGUUUUACUCAGCAAUCAAGUCUUAUUCGACAUCAAAAAGCUCACACAGAAGAGAUGCCAUUUUCAUGUUCUGAAUGUGGGAAAUAUUUUACUUUUAAAUCAAGUCUGGUUGUACAUCAAAGAACUCACACAGGAGAGAAGCCAAUUUCAUGCUCAGAAUGUGGGAAAUGUUUUACUUUUAAAUCAAGUCUUGUUGUACAUCAGAGAACUCACACAGGAGAGAAGCCAUUUUCAUGUUCAGAAUGUGGGAAAUGUUUUACUCAGUCAUCACAUCUUAUUGAACAUCAAAGAACUCACACAGAAGAGAAGCCAUUCUCAUGUUCAGAAUGUGGGAAAUGUUUUACUAAGAAAUCCUAUCUUAUUCAACAUCAAAGAACUCACACAGGAGGCAAGCCGUUUUCAUGUUUAGAAUGUGGGAAAUGUUUUGCUCAGAAAUCAACUCUUCUUCAGCAUCAAAGAACUCACACAGGGGAGAAGUCAACUCAGAUCAAUAAAUGAUGCAGAUAUCACAUCUAUAUAUUAUCCAUGUACAUCGAUUAUCUGACAUUUAUACAUAUAUCAUAUACUGCAUCUCCAAACUUGUUACCAAUUGUUAAUAAAAGUUUUAUUUCUUAUAUGAUUUAUUA